AUGUUAUCAAGAACCAUAAUAAAACCAAUUACGUUAAGUCGCUCGUUCACUUGCACUUCAAUAAUAAGAAAUUCAGAAUUAGCCAAACCAACGGCAUAUGAUGGAAAAGAAAUAGUGUCUGGUGCACCAAGAGAUUUAGUUACAAGUAGAGUAGUAAGGAUAUAUCAAGAAGCUAAACCAGCUACUCAAUCAGGACAUCAUAAUGGAGAUCAUUGGAAAUUAGAUUGGGAUGUAUUAGGUAAAGGUAAUAGAUGGGAGAAUGAUUUAAUGGGUUAUCAAGGAUCUUCAGAUUAUAUGCAAGGUACAAUAAUGAGAUUUGAUACAAAAGAUGCUGCUAUAAGGUUUGCAGAGAAUCAAGGAUGGGAUCACUACGUCCAAGAACCUAAAAAAAGACAUUUUAGAAAGAAAGAAUAUGCCAUGAAUUUUUAUCAUGUACCUGGUCCCUUGAAACAUAUAAGAACUAAAUAG